CUCCUUUAUAUUUCAAUUGUAGCUGAAUUACGAAGGGGAAGCAAGAUUGUUCCGAGUAGGGAAUUGGACUUAUGGUCUUUUGAAGAGUUUGGUUUUUGCGUUCGCACAAAGUCGCUAUAUCGUCCCCUUCUCAGUCAUUGUAUUUUGAAUUGUUUAUGAGAGGGACCGGUUUAAUAGUGUUCUCCCUGUAGCACUAAAUUAUCGUUUUAAGUUUGUUCAAUUGGUAUUUUGAAGGUCUGGUGGAUUAUGAUCUUAGGAUUAAUUAUGUUACUUCGGCAUGGGAAACAAGCCAGCAAAGCAAGAAAAAGAAGAUGUGAUAUUAUUAAAGGUUGUCCCUCCUUUGGACCGGGCAUACAUAAGAUGGCUUGCUAGAGAUGUCGCGAGAAUUCAUGGCUUUACUCCUAAAGGUAUUCGUGCUGUGAAGCCUCCAGAUCAUUAUAUUGAAUACAUGCAGUUGAAUGGAUGGUUGGAUGUGAGUUUGGAUGAUCCUGAUCUUGCCCAUUUAUUCAGGUAGACUGUUUCCUUGUUGGCUAAAUGAUAAAAACACCAAAAGGGAAAACAAAGACAGCGAAGUUGUGUCAUGUAGACUACCCAGGAAUUAAUGCUUCAUUAAGAUUUCCUACACUGUAUAGCAGCUAGUCAAGUAGCAAAAGAGUAACUGUUUUAUGCAUGAAUGUAUUUAAUUUCUAUGUGUUCUCUGUUAGAACAACUUGUUUUCACUGCAAUAAUAUGCUUGAACUAGUUCCCUCUAUAAAUGGCCUUGAAAUA